GAUUAGGACGCCUCCGGAGACAACAUCCCUAGUGUCUUUGUUUGUGGAUUCCCACUAACCCAUCGACCACUUGCCAACAGAACUCUGCUCUCUCUCUCUCUCUCUGCAAUUUUCGUAUGAGCGAGGGAUAGCAACGAUGGCUACUUUCUCUUUCCACUCUCGUCUUGUUUCAACAUCCUCUCGGCCAAAGUUUGAUUCCUCCAAAACCCCAAUUUUCUCUGCCUCUUCCAUCGGAAAUGCGACACGUCUGGUUUCAUUCAAAGGCACCUUCUCACGGCCUCGAAUCGCCUGUUCUUCUUCUUCAUCUUCAAAAGACGCCUCCGGAGAAAACAUCCCUAGCAACUUCUGCAUCAUAGAAGGACCGGAAACCGUUCAGGAUUUUGUACAGAUGCAGCUGCUGGAAAUCCAAAAUAACAUAAGGAGUAGACGCAAUAAGAUAUUUCUUCUCAUGGAAGAGGUAAGGAGAUUAAGGGUACAAGAGCGCAUCAAGGGAGUGAAAGUCAUCAAUGAGAACGACGAGGAAGAAGCAAAUGAGAUGCCUGACAUUCCUUCUUCUAUUCCUUUUCUGCCUCAUGUGACACCAAAGACAUUGAAGCAGCUGUACUUGACUAGCUUAUCAUUUAUAUCUGGGAUAAUCAUAUUCGGGGGCCUUAUUGCACCCACACUGGAGCUAAAAUUAGGUUUGGGUGGCACCUCAUAUGAAGAUUUCAUACGCAACAUGCAUCUGCCUUUGCAAUUAAGCCAGGUAGAUCCCAUUGUGGCAUCUUUUUCAGGUGGGGCUGUUGGUGUCAUUUCAGCUUUGAUGUUGCUUGAAGCUAACAAUGUAGAGCAGCAAGAGAAGAAAAGGUGCAAAUACUGCCAUGGAACUGGUUAUUUGGCAUGUGCGCGAUGUUCUUCCAGCGGUGUAUGCUUAAGCAUUAAUCCCCUAUCAGUAUCCUCUGUAUCUGAUAGCCCUUUGCAGGUUCCCACAACUGAGAGGUGUCCAAACUGCUCCGGUGCAGGAAAGGUGAUGUGCCCGACAUGCCUGUGCACUGGAAUGUUGAUGGCCAGUGAGCAUGACCCACGAAUAGAUCCAUUUGACUGAAGAGGAUUGCAGGCCUUCCCCCUCCCCCCAAAUGUAACCCUGAAAACACAAAAUAAAGUUGACAGCAAAAAAAGGCAACAUAUUUUCCUACUCCAAUAUUCUCUUUCUUGUAUGAGUAUAAACGAUGCAAAUUGGCAUGCCAUUGCCAAUUUGCCAGAGUGAUCAGUCCUUAGCUAAACAGCAUUUUGCUUCGGAA